AUGGUGAAAAAGCCUGCAGGCGCUCCAGAGACUCAGCUAUACAUCAAUGGACAGUUUAUGAACUCUCAGACCAACCAGUGGAUUGAACUGCGCAACCCAGCUACUCAAGAGAUCGUCACAUAUGUUCCACAAGCAACUCCUGCUGAGCUGAAAGAAGCUGCUCGCACUUCCCAGGAGGCAUUCAAGACAUGGCGCAAAACCAGCGUUUUGAGUCGUCAGCGUAUCAUGCUUGAUCUUCAGUUGCUCAUUCGCAACAACAUGGAUGCCAUUGCCCAUUCUAUUACCCUCGAGCAAGGCAAGACCUUUGCUGAUGCCAAAGGUGAUGUUCUUCGUGGUCUUCAAGUUGUCGAGGCUUCUUGCGGCAUUCCUUCGCUUCUUCUUGGCGAGAAACUCGGUGUUGCUCGUGAUAUGGACACUUAUACGAUCCGUGAACCUCUUGGUGUUGUUGCCGGUAUUACUCCUUUCAACUUCCCAGCUAUGAUUCCCCUGUGGAUCUACCCAUUGGCCAUUGCAUGUGGUAACACCUGCAUUCUCAAGCCUUCUGAGAAGGAUCCUGGUGCAACUAUGAUGCUUGCUAAGCUGGCUGAAGAGGCAGGUGUUCCCAAGGGUGUUCUCAAUGUCGUUCAGGGUGGUGUUGAUACUGUCAACUUCAUCUGCGAUGAGCCCGUCAUCAAGGCUAUUUCUUUUGUUGGAUCUGAUCAAGCAGGAAAAUAUAUUUUCCAGCGUGGUACCGAAAAUGGCAAACGUGUCCAGUCCAACUUGGGUGCCAAGAACCAUGGUGUUGUUAUGCCUGAUGCCAACAAAAACCACACGCUUAACCAGUUGAUUGGUGCCGCCUUUGGUGCUGCUGGUCAGCGUUGCAUGGCUCUUUCCACUGCAGUGUUUGUCGGCGAGUCCAAAAACUGGAUUCCCGAGCUUGUCGAGCGCUCCAAGAAGCUCACUGUCACCAGUGGCUUUGACAAAGAUGCCGAUCUUGGUCCUAUGAUCUCUGUUCAGGCUCUCAAGCGUGCCGAGGAACUUAUCGAGUCUGCCACUACUGAGGGUGCCAAAAUUGUUCUUGAUGGUCGUGGCCUCAAGCCCAAAGGAUUUGAAAAGGGUAACUUCCUUGGUCCUACCAUCAUUACUGAGGUUAAACCCAACAUGAAAUGCUACCAAGAGGAGAUCUUUGCACCUGUCCUUGUCUGUCUUACUGCCGAUACCCUUGAAGAAGCCACUCAGAUCAUUAACGAUAACCGCUAUGGUAACGGCACUGCCAUCUUUACCAACUCUGGCAGUGCUGCUCGCAAGUUCACUGAGAACGUCGACGCAGGCCAAGUCGGUAUCAAUGUUCCCAUUCCCGUCCCUCUGCCCAUGUUCUCCUUCACUGGUAGCCGUGGAUCCAUCCGUGGAGAUCUCAACUUUUACGGAAAGAGCGGAGUUCAGUUUUAUACUUCCACCAAGACUGUCACUGCUCUCUGGCGUAGCGAGGAUGCCGAAUCUUCUCAGGCCAACGUCAACAUGCCUACCCACCAUUAG